UUCAGUUCACUUUGUCUUCUUCAGGCGUGCGGAGUAUUCGUUUAAACGAAGAAGAGCUUUCUAUCGCACCGAAGACAUCUAGGUUUAAUAUCAUGCCUUCGCGGGACACAACAGAGGAACCUGAUGACAGAGAGAAAUCACCAUAUGAUGACUUGCCCAUGAUAUGGGACACCAAGAGCAUCCUGCUCACCGUCGGGUUUUUCGGCGGUGCCCUCCUGUUUGCCUGGGCUGCCUUCACGGUAUUCACGUGGCUUGGCGGCAACAACCGCAUGAUCCUGCUGAGCCGUGACGAGGCGGCGCGCAUGGUCCGUGAGCGCGGCUGCAAGUGCCGCAAGGCGCGCUCACCGACAGUCUCGGGCAAUGGCGUGCCCCGGAAAGAAGAUUACGUCUGCAACUGCCCGGAUUCGUCGAAGAUCAAGUCUAAAGGAAAGAGGCGGCUCAAGAAGAAGAUCGUAUCAACCCCAAUUCCUUCUGCAGAGCCCGAGAAGAAGGCCCCUGCAUCCCGGCCAGAUGUUCCUGGCAUCAAGGAAUCCCUGUGACCAAUUGCCUUCCGACCUGUUUCACAAGACUGUGCUUGUUUAAAGUGCUCUUGAGCAAACUCAGCCACCAGAUUUUGUUUCUUGUUCUGUGUUCUUUAAAGUUACAAUAAAGAAAGUUAGCCAUA